GUCCUGCCUGUGUCUGCGGCAGCCGUGUGUCCGUGGAUGCUCACUCUGCUGUAAAUGGAGCCGAGGCUGGAGCUGGAUGUGUUGAUUUACCCAGACGAAGUGAGGCUCGCUUCUCCUGAGGAUCUCAGGGAGUGGGAGCUGGAGACGGCGAGCCAGGUAUCCAUUCCAUGCACAUUGCGACUCUUUGUGGCCCUUUACCCGUACAACCCUGCAGCCAUGUCCCCCAACCAUGAGACGGCUGCAGAGGAGCUUCCCUUUGUACCAGGACAGAUAAUCAAGGUGUUUGGAGACAAAGAUUCCGACGGUUUCUAUCAUGGUGAGUCUGGUGGUCUCUCAGGUUAUGUGCCAAGUAACAUGGUCACCGAGAUCCCGGUGGACGAUGAGCACAUGAAACGUCUACUCAUGCAGCAGGGAUUCCUCCCUGUGGACAACACAGAUUUUCCUUUCUCUCCAGAUCUAAGCGACGUGUCCAGCAUCUCUGACGAUGUGGUUGUUCAACGAAUGAUCGCCUUAUUUGAUUAUGAUCCAUGGGAAAGUUCACCCAACGUGGACAGUGACACUGAGCUCGGCUUUCAUUCAGGAGACAUCAUUUAUGUGCUGGGUGACAUGGAUCAAGAUGGAUUUUACUAUGGGGAUGUGCAUGGACGACGAGGUUUGGUUCCUUCAAAUUUCCUGCAGCCGCUGCCGUGGGAUUAAAACACGUGGUGCUAUAAAAUGCCAUGUCCCAUACACACAAACACACACAGAAAUCAGGUCAUGAUUUUAAAAAAAUUGCUGAAUUAUCAUUUUGUUUUGUUGUACACAUGUGAACACACGACUACAUUAGUGUCGCUCAGAAUGACGGAAAGUCAAAUUAAUCAACAACAUAUUCUUACAAUCUUUGUAUAAUUCAUAUAUUGCAAUGUUUUUGAGAAUAAUUCCUUAAAGUGACAUAAUGACUUUUUUUAUCUAAAUAAAUUUUAUUUUCAAAUC